AUGUCGCCGCUGGUGUUGCUGCUACUAUUAGCGACCGCGUUGCGAGUCCUAGCCACCGGCACCGCCGUCGCAAAGAAAACCUGCCAGUCAAGCUGCGGUGGCGUCGACAUCCCCUACCCAUUCGGCAUCGGCGAGAACUGCUUCCGGCCGGGCUUCCAGAUCAUCUGCGAGAAGGACCCAUUCGGAAGCGAGGUGCAACCGUUUCUCCCGGGCACCAGCUAUCGCAAGGUACGCGUGCUUAGCCUCCACGUGCAGCCACGCGCGGAGGUCCGGGUGAUGCUGAAUGUGGCGUUUCAGUGCUUCAACACCGACGGUGAUGUGAACUGGCAAUACGACGGCGCUGUGAAUAUGACGGAGAAUAGCGUCUACCGGAUCUCCAGCGCCCAGAACCAGCUCUUCGUCCUCGGCUGUAGCACCUUCAUCUACGCCGGCAGCGGGCCGCCUGGCCUCCACUCCCGGUCCUACUAUGGCGGGUGCGUGGCCUACUGCAAGGACUCCAGCACCCCGCAGAACGAUGCCUGCGACGGCAUUGGCUGCUGCCGCAGCAACAUCCCACCGGGCCUCACCGACACCCAAAUGCAGCUAAGCACAUGGUCGCACAAAGGUCUGGACUACAGCCCCUGCAACUACGCAUUCAUCGUGGAGAAAGGUAACUAUUCCUUCAGGGCGGCUGACCUGCUAGGCAUGCCACAGAACAAGACCAUGCCAAUGCGCCUCGACUGGGCAAUCCGGGACUCGGGAUUAUCCUGCAACAGUACCCAGCAGGGCGCCUGCGUCAGCGGCAACAGCAGUUGCGAUAAUUCCAUCAAUGGGCCGGGAUAUGUCUGCCACUGUAUCAAGGGCUACGAGGGUAACCCUUACGUCAGAAGCGGUUGCCAAAAUAUCGACGAGUGUGUGCGCAAACCGUGCCCUAUGAACAGCAAAUGUGUGGACACGCCGGGCUCGUUCAAUUGCACAUGUAAUAAAGGAUAUAAGCGUGAAGGUAAUUCAACGACAUGGUCAUGCAAUCCAAACGGUCGAAAGUUCCCGCUUGCAGCCAAGCUUACCAUUGGGAUUGUCCUAGGUGUAUCCUUGAUAGUUAUUGCUCUACUGUCAGCACUAGUUUUCUUCCAAAAGAGACAACUGGACAAAUCAUUUGAAAAGAACGGGGGUAAGAUACUUGAGAAUGUGAAAGGCCUGACCAUUUUCACCAAGGAGGGACUAAAGAAAAUCACAAGAAACAAUUCAGACUUUCUUGGUAAUGGAAGCUUUGGUAAAGUCUAUAAAGGAAUUCUCCCUGAUGAUACUAUUGUGGCAGUCAAGGCAUCUAUCAUUAUAAAUGAAGAUACAAGGAAAGAAUUCACCGAUGAAGUGGAGAUUCAGAGCAACAUGAUCCAUAAGAAUAUUCUUCGACUUGUAGGUUGCUGCCUUGAGGUGGAGGUCCCAAUGCUAGUAUAUGAGUUUGCGGCUAAUGGAAGCCUCCAAGACAUUCUCCACCAGAAUAAAAACCAAGAACUUCCAUUGGAUUUGCGUUUGGAUAUUGCAAUUGGGUCUGCGGAAGGAUUAAAAUACAUGCACUCAUCCACAACUCAAGCCAUACGACAUGGUGAUGUCAAGCCAGACAACAUACUCCUUGAUGACAAGUUAACACCAAAAAUCUCUGAUUUUGGGUUGUCAAAGCUGAUUAAAGAGGGACAAUUUGCCAAGACAGUAGUAGGGUGCAUGGGUUAUAUAGACCCGGUUUUCUUGAAAACAGGCCUUUUAACACAGAAAAGUGAUGUCUACAGCUUUGGAGCAGUUCUCCUGGAACUCAUUACUGGGAAGAAGAAUGUAUAUGAUGAGAACCAAAGCCUCAUCAUUGAGUUCUGUAAACUUUAUGAGAAAGGCAAUGGUGGGAGGGCUAUGUUUGACAAGGAGAUUGCAAAUGAAGAAGACAUGUUUGUCUUAGAGGAUAUUAGCAAACUAGCAGUUGAAUGUCUAUGCGAAGACAUAGAAGUGCGACCAGAUAUGACAGAGGUGGCUGAGAGACUAGUUAUGCUCAGGAGAGACAAGAGACUUAAGAAUACACUCUCAACAUAUGGGCACUUGGAGGAUAUCACCAUGGCUGGGUCACCCAUGCAGCAACGAACCUAG